GCUUCCCUUUCUUUUUGUGGUCAGAACGCGGCUGAGUUGGCUAAUCCAUUCUGCUCAAGCCAGGUCUGUGGUAGUAUUUGUAUUCACUUUUUUAUUGCUAUUUAAAUAGCCAGAAAAGAACGCAGAAUGGGUUUCGGUGAUCUGAAGUCCCCCGCUGGUCUUGGCGUCCUGGAUGAGUUCCUGGCAGACAAGAGUUACAUCGAGGGGUAUGUACCUUCUCAAGCUGAUGUGGCUGUAUUUGAAGCUCUGUCUGGGCCACCACCUGCUGACCUGUGCCAUGCCCUCCGUUGGUACAACCACAUUAAGUCAUAUGAAAAGGAAAAAAACAGUCUCCCAGGAGUGAAGAAGCCACUUGCUAACUAUGGUCCAGCUGGUGUUGAAGACACCACAGCAACAAAACCAGUGUCAAAGGUUGAGGAUGAUGAUGAUAUUGAUUUGUUUGGCUCUGAUGACGAAGAAAGUGAAGAGGCCAAGAGAAUCAGAGAGGAACGUUUGGCCCAGUAUGAAUCAAAGAAAUCCAAAAAACCAGCGCUAAUAGCGAAGUCCUCUAUUUUGCUUGACGUGAAGCCUUGGGAUGAUGAGACUGAUAUGGCGAAAAUGGAAGAGUGUGUUCGCAGUAUUCAGAUGGAUGGACUUGUUUGGGGCAUGUCAAAACUUGUUCCAGUGGGGUAUGGCAUUAAGAAACUACAAAUCCAGUGUGUGGUUGAAGAUGACAAAGUCGGUGUAGACAUAUUGGAAGAGCAGAUCACAGCUUUUGAAGAUUACGUGCAGUCUGUGGAUGUAGCUGCGUUCAAUAAAAUUUAAAUUUUUGCAACAACUGUCAGCCACAUUCAAUAAAAAUUUGACUUUGCAA